AACAGCUCUCAAUAAAACUCGCAGAAUAAGAAAUUGGGCUUCUACGCAUGCGCAUAAACGUCUCCCAGCACCGAGGCGCCGCUUGUGGCGGUCUCAAUGGCACUAUCGAGCGUUCCAUUCAAAUAAAAACAAUGACGACGCUCCGUGAGCGGCGAAGUUGCUGAAAAUGACUUGACCGUGACCCGUUCUCGGAUAGUCGCGUUCAGUUAUGUUGUACUCCAACGAAAUUUUUCGAGGUUAAUCCGCUUUGGACGUCUUAUUUGUCCGGUCAUGAGAGGCGUCAGUACUCCGAUUUAAUUUAAGUCGCAGACAGAUAGUGGCGGUGAAGCCUUAAGCAUGAAGAAAUUAUUCAGCUUCUCCAAGAAGAAACAGUCGCCGUCCCGCGCGGCUGACAGGGGGAACGCGCUGUGUGUUGGCUACGAGGUGAAAGAAAAAGACCUGGGCAAGUUUCACAAGGCUGCCUGGCGGGGAGAUGUGGCCAAACUGGAGCAUCUCGUCAAGAGCAAUGACGUCAACCAGGUGGACAAACACAACAGAACAGCGCUUCACCUAGCUUGUGCCUGUGGAAAUGCUGAGGUGGUGAGAUUUCUGGUGGCAAAAAAAGCCAAACUCAAUUUAUGUGACAAUCAAAAUAAGUCCGCCUUAAUAAAGGCAGUACAAGGCCAGCAUGAUGUAUGUGCUACUAUUCUGUUGGAAAACCACGCUGAUCCCAACCUGGUGGACACGGAGGGAAACACAGCUUUACAUUUUGCUUCAAGCAUCCCAUCGACCUCCACUGUUGACACCCUCGUGGAUCAUGACGCAGACAUCAACGCCCAGAAUAAGGAGGGCAUUUCACCCUUGACUGUGGCAGUCCAAGAGGACCACAUAGAAGUAGCUGAGAUUCUCCUGAAAAAACGUGCUGAUGUCAAUAUUUUGGACAGAGAUGGAAGGUCACCAGUAAUGAUAGCUGCUGGCAACGGACAUAUCAGCAUGCUGCGAAUGCUCUUGCAAUUUCAUGCUGAUAUUUCUCUGAAGGAUAACAAAGGACACUCGGCUGAGGAUUACGCCGUGAUCGAAGGCCAUCAUCCCUGCGCCAUUCUCAUCACUGAGCACAGUACUCAAAGGAACCGGGCAGCCUCGCUGUCUCAUCCAGGUCCGAGUAAAAAGAAGUCCAAAUCCGAGUUGGGUCACGCAUCCCCAGCCCUGGAAACGGGCUUCUCCGUGGGAGGACCUGCCAUUGACAAAGAUGAUUUUGAGGAUAAUUCCCAAGCAGAGUCACUAAGCCGGUUGUCGAAAAAAGGCGGGACUGAUGAAUGGGUCUCAUCUGAGGACGACUGUGAGUCACUUAUAGUUGAAAAGACGCCACCAAAAAUGAACCUUAGAAAAAUGCUUGAAUCGAAAAGAGGAAAAGCCUUUGCAGUGCUUGACAAAUCCAUGAGUGCUUCCGACUCUGACAGUGACAAUAGCGCCGCGAGAGUUGUGCCCAAUAAACCCCCAGUAGAACCCUCACCCGUUCCUUUCCGUCCCAAAGCCUCCCAGAUGACCUCUACCCCUCUCCUAAACUACUCGCAGAACGAGGAAGAAGAAAAUGAUGCGAGUCACGAAGACCCAGCCGAUGAUGAUGAUGAUGAUGAUGAUGAUGAUGAUGAUGAUGACGAUGGGGAGGAAGAGGAGGAGGACAUGUCAGAUGAUCAAGAUGAAGGCAACAGAGUCCUGCCGGAUGCUACGAAUAGUGUUGCUGAGGCUUCCAAAGAUGCAAAAAGCGGUGAUCAUUCCGAGUCGGGACUGGAGAAGGAAGAGGAAGAGCAGGAGUCCUGGGAUUCGGAGAACGAAGAUAAACAGAGCGCACAAGCACAGAAUACGGCUCCAGAGACGUUGGAAGACGACUUGUUAUUUAGUCCCUCAUUUUUAAGAGGGGCAGGAGGCGGGUGGAUGCCCGAGCCUUGGUGGAGUAGAGGCAGGCAAAGAGGCAGCCUGGGAGUGGGCCUUGGUGCUGUUGCUUCCAUUGGCGAGAAUAAAGACAGCGUGCAAGACAGAGAUGUUCAGAAAGAGGAUCCUACGCAAAAAGAUAAUGAGCAAACGAAAUGGGGACUGCUUUUGAGCAAGUGUGAAGGAAAAAGCAAAGACAAAUCAGACUUGAUGGAGGAACUCGGUUUGGGAGAUUUUGACUAUGCUGAAGAUGCAUCGGACUGGGAUACAUCGAGCAACAUCAGUAAAAAAAGCCUGCCCGACGGCACUUCUCCCGCACCCGAGGAAUCCCCACAAUCCUCCAGUAAGGAGAAGGAGUCUCCAAAAGCUCCAAUCGCUACCCCGAGGAGGAUCGAGGCGGACGAGAACCAGGUCCCGGGUCGUCCUCAUCCUCAGCCUCGUUCCAAGACGGUGCCUCAAAAGAGUGACACACGUUUUCCUUCAGAAUUGGAUCACGACCAAGACGAUUCAGCCCCAUCGUGCAUCGAGGCCGAUGAUGACAAUCGGCAGCGACAGGAAGUGGUCAGCCAAGGCCGCCCCGAAGUCCAAACAAUGGCAGAAGACCCAAAAAGUCAUCUGCAACACGACAAGAAGCAAGAGGAAAAAGAUGAUGCAUUGGAGUUAGGUGACCUCACCUCACACAAGUUUGGCCUGAUCGGCUUGGUUGAGAAUGUGGCCAGAGCCCAACAAAGUCCUGAUGAUGAUGAUGAAGGUGGUGGUGGUCUGCCACUGGCCCCGUCUGAGAAGCUGUGGGAAGAAGUCGAGAAAAAAGACGCUAAAUCCACCUUAGCAUGUGAAGAGCAAUUGAAAGCAGACAUUUCCACUGAUGAAAAGCAGGUGAAGUUCUCGUCUGCUGACGAACAAUCAAGCGAUGAAGAGGAAGGAGAAGCCAUUUUGCGCCCCGCCGCUCCAGCACGGAAGCUGCUCCCGCUUUCUGGCCCGGAACAACGAGAGUCUGCUUCAGAAGACUCUGCGGCGGAUUCUGCCGACUCAUCCCUGAAGGAGGAGAAGAUACCAGACCGCCGCUUACCCGCUGCUGAGGGAGUCAUGGAUGAAGAAGCAGAAGAACCACUCCACAGUAGGGUAGACCCCCACAAUAACCCCGAGCUUCGUCACAAACAUCAACCAGAAGAACCUGAGAAGAACAGACAUUCUACUUCUUAUCCUUUGGUUGCCCAUGAGGACUGUGAAGAGGACGUGGAGAACUUGAACUUGAAAGUCCAGAAAGAGGUCAUCGAGGAGACCCCCAAGGCUGCGAUUCACAACGUUCUCGGUAGCUCAGGUGGAAGCGCAUUCGAGGGCUUGGCUGUCGAGAAACCUGAGAGUGCCUCAGCGAGUCAAGCUGAAGACUGCCAACAAACACAGAAGCUUCCAACCUCUGACAGUCGCAAACCCGAAAAAGUUUUCGGAGAUAAGACCUCGCUGCCGGCGGGAGGCAGCAAGGCCCACGAAUCCAGUACCCGUCAAAUCGACAACAGAGAGCUCUCAUUGUUUGACGACAGCACUUUAAGUGACGCGUCGGACCAUGAAAGAAGGCAUAAAACUGGAGAACAAAGGCAAAAACAGCAAUCAGAAGACAUCGAGAUGUCUGAAGAUAUUGAUGAGUUCAAUUCGUCAUCUGACGUGACCACGGAUGAUUCAGACUUUCGCCCUUCCGGCCAUCGCCCUAGCUCCCUCUUCAUUCAGAACCUGGAUUCAUUUGUGACGGACUCUCGGAGCAUGGUAAAGCUGCAAAACAUUUUCCACAAAUACGAACGCUCCAUUCAAAAGGCCAAAAGCCGGCACAGCUUCUUCGCCGACAAAGUGAGGCUCUUGGAAACAGAGAAGGCGCAGCUGAGGAGCGCUCUGGAUGAGGUGAAAGACGUCAAAUCGGCCUUGGAGCGCAACCAGCUGGACUUGCAAACGGAAGUCACCAACCUCAAAUUCCAGCUGAAACAGGAGCAAGAAAAGGGACGUAACGCCACCAUGAUGUACAACACCACCGGCGAUAAACUGAGGAGGACGGAAGAGCAGCGACAGGCUGAGCUUCAGGAGAGACAGAAAGUGGAGCUGACGCUCAGGAACUUGGAGCUGGAGAUGCGAAUACUAGUCAACAACAAGAAGCAGCUGGAGGAGGACAACAGUCAGACCCAAACACUUUUGGCUCAGGAGCGCAGCGCACGCACGGUGCUGGAGAAUCUGCUCGGCAGUCACGUGCGCAAGCAGCAAGAGGUAGAGGAGGAGAACAAAAGAAACAUAAGCAAAAGUCACCAGGCUUUGUCGCAACUCACGGAGGCCAGCGACAGGGAGCGGGAACUACUCCAGCAGAUUUCCAUCUGUCACGAGCAGCUGAGCACCCUCAGAAGAGACCUUGAGAAUUCCCAAGCCAACAGCAGCAUCAGGCAAAGAGACCUCCAGGAGGAGAAUAAAGCCCUCAAGGAGCAACUGGAAGAGGCCCGGCAAGCUCUCAAAUCCAACACCGACACCCUCAACCAAACCGUCCUGGACUUCAACAACCAGACGGCCACCGUCAAGUCGGAGUUGACCGUCACCGCCGGGCGUCUGGAGAAUGAGCGUCAGACCCGAGAGAUCCUGGCGGCAGAGUUGGAGUCGGUCCGCGCCCGCCUGACGGCGGCGCUGCAGGAAGCCGAGCGCUGCAUGGCGGCUCGCUCAGACGCGGAGAAAGCUCUGCUCCAUGAGAAGGAGGAACAUCGUCGUCUUCGAGACAGACUCUCAAGUGACGCAUCCAGUCAGCACGAAGCAGUCAACAGCCUUUCUCAGAAGCUUUCCAAAGCAGAGUCGCAGGCAAACCACCUGGAGAACGAGGCCCAUCGAGUCAUGCUGCAGCUGACAGAGAAGAACCUCCUGCUAAACACGAUGCAGCGUGAGAGCGACCACGUCGCCGCUCGCGUCAAAGAGCUCGAGGCGGCGCUGCAGGCCGAAAAGGAGCUGCUCACUCGGGCCGUGGCGCGCCAAGAGGCCACGCAGGAGCGCUUAGCCCAAGCGCAAAGUGAAGGCAUGUUGCUACGGCAACAGCUGGAGGAGGCGCAAAACAAAGGAGCCGCGAAGGAGAAUGCCGUGACAGACGCCCAAAAGUCUUUCAGUGACAUUUUAUCCAAGCUUCGUUCCGACUGCGAGGAACGAGUGCAACUGGUGCAUGGCCGCAAUCAGGAUCUGGCCACAAAAGCCGCUGAGCUUCGAGAUCACAUCCAUCAAUUGCAGGAGGAGAAAAAUGAGAGAGAGGCAAGUGAAAGGCAGCUGCAGCAGGAGUUAGCGGACUCAUUAAAGAAGCUGUCCAUGUGCGAAGCCUCUUUGGAGAUCAACACUCGCUAUCGAAAUGAUUUGGAGGAAGAAAAGACGCGGCUCCUCAAAGACCUGGACAACCUUAAGGGAAAGAUAGAGGAACGUGAAUCCCAAUGCCUUCAAUUUGAGAAACGCCUGAACGAUCUCAGAUGUCGUCUGGAUGAAAGAGAGAGCGAACUCGUCGCCGCCGCUCAGAAACAGCAGGAGGCGCUGUCUGCCGCCGCCGCUUCCGACGCUGUCGUCAAACAACUGGAAGAGGCCGUGCAAAGGCUGGAGAUUGAAAAUGUCAGGCUGGAGGCUGCGGCCAAGCAACAGUCUAACAAACUCGAAGCACUUCACAAAGGCGCUCAGGAGGAGGCGAGGCUGCCUGACAGUGCAAACGGCGGAAUGAUCCGAGCUCAGUUGGAAGAUUUGGUGACCAACCUUCAAAGUAAUAAGAUGACAUUAGAAGACCAACUCAACAAAGAGGUGCAGAAGCAAAGCGUGUUGUCCAACAGCGCCCACGACUCUCAGGCCAUGUGGGAGGAGGAGCUAAAGAGCCGCUCCAAGUUAGGACUCCGUCUAGCAGAGCUCGAAAAGGAAAAAGGAGAACUCGGCGGUCAGGUGGAAAUGGAGAAAAAGAAAGCCAAGAAAGUUGCAGAGCAGAAAAAAGCUGUGGAUUGUCGUCUGGAACAAGAGAUGGAGAGAAACACGGCGCUUCAAAAAGAAAUAUACAGGCUACGGACUCUACUUAAAACUGCCAAGAAGAGGCUGCGGGAUCAGAGCACGGGCGGCGGUGGCGGCGGACAUGACUUCACCUCGCCACUGAGUAGUCUAAAGAUGGACCACAGCCGGGCUGACAGAGUUUUUCACGAAAGGAGAGAAAAGGGAGAUCUGGAGAGGGGAGCGCUCCAAGGCAGCCUGUCGGAGACGAGGCUGUUGGAGGAGGAGGUGCUCAACCUCAAACGUAGAGUGGAGGCCUCAGCGGUGGAGCAGAGGCAGAUGGAGCAGUACCGGCGGGAGGUGGAGGAGAAGGCCCGACAGGAAAUACAGCACAAGCUACAAGAAGUCAACAUCUUUCUGCAGUCCCAAGCGGCGACGCAGGAGGCACAGGACCAGAUAAAAAGCGGGCCAACGAGGCCAGUCCUGCGCUUGAGGAUCCAAGAACUGGAAAGCGAACUGAACCGAGCGCGAGCCUUCCAACACGACACCUUCGGCCAGAGAGAGUCCACCCAAACGGAACUGGAGCGCUUCAAAGAACUCUACAGAGAGGAGCAGAAGCUCCGCAAGUCUUUGUCCGCUGAUCUAAAACGGACUAACCAUCAACUCACGGAGGCCAGUUCCAUGUUGGUCACCGAGCGAGGCAGGUCUCUCAUAGCCUCCCCUGGGCCGCCGCCAACGCCGUCUGGGGGCGUGGCCACUCUGGGGGGCCCAUACAGGGGCCUUGCCUCCAGGCUCAUCGGCCCUGUGGCCGAAGGGCAAAGCAGCAGUGUGGAGGACUACCUGACCCUGAUGCAGCGUCAGUUGGAUCGAAGCAUAUCAAGGGAACUUAACAAAGCCUCGACGGAACUUGACAUCCUCUUUGGCCCUAUGUCUCCGGUGGGCUCUGCCUCGAGGGUGGACCUGGACCCUGUUAGCAGAGCAAAGCAGCAGGUACUUGGAGGUUCCUGAAGAAGAACCAUGAGGUUUGAGAAACAGCCAGCAGUAAGAAGAUGAGGUAGAAAUGACUGCAGGUUUGUAUCGUCACGCCUGGCUCAACUGGGACGGCGCCAAAGCCAGAUCGCACAAUCAGUUCGGGAUUGGGACGGGCAAACCAAAUGCACAUUGCACUUAAGCACUCGGGGAAGUUCAAACACACCUCCGGUACGAGAACCAUAUCAAAUGUUCUUAAUAUUUUAGCCCUCUUAUGUUACUGAUUAAGACAGCUAACAUGUUAUGAACAUUACAAAUAUUUUUGGAUUAGAUUGAAAUCAGCAAUAUACAGUGUUGGAAUAAUUGUCAUUCUUUGGUUGUAUUGAUUUUUGUCGCUCGGUUAACUGUUGGUUAUGGGUGAUCUAUAUAUUAUUCAGGCGAUAUUUAAUUGAAGGGAAAAGAUUUUACAUUUUACUGGUCAACAUUUAUCUCAGUGAACUUAACAGUUAUUUCUACAGAGGUACUCGACUAAAGUAUUUGUUCACGUCACAAAUUUCAUUUUUCUUUUUGCACCACUCGUGAUUUUUCUCUCUACAGUGUUGAAAGAAUUCACGGGAUGUUUGUCUUUUAAGCAGACUUGUAAAUAAAAUUGGAAAGCGGCGACCUUGCUGUACAUGAGACAGCUAAUGAAAUUAUUUUAAGUGUGUGUACUUGUUAGAAAUGUCACAAAGUCAGCAACGUUCAAAGCUGCUGACCAAGGUCGAUAAUUACAGCUUAGCUUCACUGGCUUGAUUACAAAGUUUAGUUUGUUUAGAACGUGCAGGCAUGUCUUGUUCUCAUAAUGGGAGGGGGAAAAAAAGCAGUCCGUCAAUAUUUCAUAAACACAUUUAUGUCUUAACCCGCCCCUCAUUAUUUAGAUUUUGAUGUGUUUACUUGAUAUUCCAUGUGCGAGAGUGGAACGUUGCUUAAGAAACUAUUCCCCUCACUUAUUCAGAUGACACGAUGCGCUUAUGAUUGCCCCCCCCCCCACGCUUCUGCCGCAUCUUUUCCUCGCUUUGAUCCACCCUUCAAAUGUGAGAUAUUCAGAUUUAUUUUGGUGUUCUCGACAACAGAUGGCUACAUCUGACAGACUGACUAUUAAAGUGUUAUUAUUUCCUUUUCUCCCUCAAAUUGAUGCCACUUCACACGGUACAUGUAAAGCUUGCUUUGAUUGAGGAGGUUACUCGCGUCUGAUUUACAUGCGGCCAAGAAUACAAAUAGAUGCAUGAUGAAUGAAAGGCGGCAAGGAGUUGAAAGGAUUGUUUUUUUUUUGUUUUUUGAAAAGUUAUGAUAGUUAAAAACAAAGCUCUCCUUGUCGGGUCGUCUUUUUGUCAUUUAUGUUCAGUCAAAAAAAAAAAAAAGAAGAAACAAAAGCAAAGUCUUGUCAUGUGCAAAUACAUCAGUGUAUCAAACUUU